CCGGAUGUUAUUUAUUAACCGUAACAACUUGACGUUGCAGCAAUAAGCACUUAGCAUACAGGCUAAAUGUGUAAACCUGGUUAACUUCAUUUUUGACUGCUUUUUCGGUUACUUUGCUCGGUACUAUGAGAACUAAGGGGAACGACGUUACAUCUUGAGUCUAUAAACUGUCGUCCCAAGAUUAAGAGGUUAUUCUCUAUUUUUCUCGUGUACAUCACCUCUGCUUGGAAGAAUCAACUACAACUGGCUAGGAAAGACCAGCAGUUUGCCCAACGCUGGAAACAACAGGACAUCACAACUGCUUCUGACGGCCACCACAGGCUCAGUGGGCCUGCGUGGAGAUCCAGAGUGAGUCCAUUGUGCCAGAGGGGAUGGAUCCUCUGGGUGCUCGCUCCCAGUUCGUGGACAUCCAGACACUCCCCACGUGGCAGCAGCAACUGGGUGAAGAUGGCGAGGAGACACCCCUGGACCAGAGUGACAGCCUGCUCAGCCAGGAGGCCUUCCCUUCACCGUUCCCCUUCAGACCAGACAUCAACCGCAAGAUCAUCCUCUUCACCGGUGAAGUGGCCCUGCUUAGCUGCACCUCCAUAGUGAACACCAGCAACGAGUCUCUAAAUGACAAGAACCCGGUGUCCGACCGCAUCCAUCAGCUGGCGGGGCCUGAGCUGCGAGAUGAGCUGCUCAAACUCAAAGGAUGUCGGACGGGGGAGGCGAAACUGACCAAAGGCUUCAACCUGGCAGCGAGGUUUAUCAUCCACACAGUGGGACCAAAAUACAAAGCCAAGUACAGGACGGCGGCGGAGAGCUCGCUGUACAGCUGCUACAGGAACAUCAUGCAGCUGACUGCAGAGCAGUCGAUGGCGUCUGUUGGCUUCUGUGUGGUCAGCACAAUCAAAAGAGGUUACCCACUAGAAGAAGCUACACACAUCGCUCUCAGAACAGUGCGCAGGUUCCUGGAGAAUCAUGGAAACAGCAUAGAGACCGUGGUGUUCUCAGUGUCAGAAACAGAGGAGCCCGUGUACAGGAAGUUACUUCCUCUGUACUACCCUCGCUCUGAGGAAGAGGAGAAGGCCUGUCUGCCUCUCAUCCCAGCUGACAUUGGCAACUCCGAGGGUGAACCGGUCGUCCCAGAGAGACAGAUCCGCAUCACUGAGAAACCAGGCGUCCUGGAAGAUGAUUCUGAAGAGGACAGUCUGGAGUCAGAUCUGGGUCAGGUGGGGAAUCACGCUUUCGCCCGGAUGGAGGGUGAUGUGGACAAACAGCGGAAACAGAUCCUACAGGGCCAGAUGUCAGAGGCGGCCAUGCAGAAACAACACCAGAGGAAUUACAAUCGCUGGCUGUGUCGGGCGAGAGCGGAGGAUCUGUCAGACAUAGCUGCACUGAAAGCCUUAUAUCAGACUGGUGUGGAUAUGUGUGGCAGGGCAGUGGUGGUCCUGGUUGGACGAAACAUCCCAGUUACCCUUAUCGACCUCGAGAAGGCCCUGCUCUACUUCAUCCAUGUGAUGGACCACAUCACAGUGAAGGAAUAUGUGAUGGUUUACUUCCACACACUGACCGGCGAGCACAACCACCUGGACUCCGACUUCCUCAAGAGCCUCUACGACAUUGUUGAUUUCAAGUUUAAAAAGAAUUUAAAAGCCUUCUACUUUGUACAUCCAACAUUUCGCUCUAAGGUCUCAACAUGGUUCUUCACCACCUUUAGUGUGUCAGGAAUGAAGGAGAAGGUCCACUAUCUGGACAACCUGCAGCAGCUCUUCACCUGCAUCAAGCCUGAGCAGAUCGACAUCCCUCCGUUUGUCCUGGAAUACGAUGCACGGGUGAAUGGACCCUACUAUCCAUCACAGUCUUCUGGUCUGUGACAGAAUACCAAUUGCAAAUCCUUGUUGAGGUGGCAAGAUGGUGUCAACCUGUCAUAAGGAGGCUCUUUAUGGACGUCAUUUUGCCGGUUUGGUCUGAACUCCUAACCUCCCCUAAAGGCUCUGAACCAUAGUGGGGAAACUCUCCCUUUUGUUCUGUCCCUGCCAGAAGGACAAAAUUAACAGUGGCAGGCCACAUUUAGCAGCGUGUGGCCUGGUGAGCGGUCAUUAUCACUCACCACAGACUAUUUGUGGAUCUGGACUGGUUUCGGGAUUAUGCCUUACACCAAGAGUUCUUAUUCAGCAGUUUCCUCAAACAUCCCUAAAUAUGAAGGAUCAUGUCAAGCCUGACAGUUUCCCAAAGCCUUUUCUGUCUUGUAGUCACAUCAGACAUCCUCACACAUCUCAGAAUAUUGGCACGCUUUCCAUGUUCUGGAUUAGGACGGGAACGUUGCAUCUGUCUGGAUUUCUACACUAUUUCAUUCUGUACUAUGCCAUGCUAGAUGGCGGAAACUUUGGGUGAAGUAAAUACUGCUGUUGCACUCGGGCGGAAGUUGGAAAUUCCCACCCACUAUGUUGUAAUAACAACCUCUGCGUUCUCUUGUGGCCACAAUCGGGAAACCCCAAGGGAGAAAAAUUAACACCAAGGAGAUAUUCUCGGGUAGGAAAAAAAAAUACUGCUUACUUUCACGACAACUAAUGUCAGUCAGACUAGCUAGGUACAGUAACUUUAUAUCACAUUUUGUGCUUAUUUGCUUUCUUGCCAGGAGUUAGAUGUGAAGAUCAGUACCACUGUCUUGUUGGUGGUAAACGUGAAGCUACAAACAGGACAUGGUUAGUCUCUCUAAAACCACAACGACACAAAACAAGAUAUAAUGUGUCAGUUUCUGAGUUUUAAAGGUGCUGGUACGUGCAUUUUCUAAAUUUUAAACUGAGCUAUGCUAGAUGUAACUCUGUAACCCCCUUCUCAUCUAACUCUUGGCAGGAGAGCAAAUAGGCUUAUCUCUCAAUGUUAACCUAUUCCUUUAAGCUUUAAAUCCACACGAAGUGUUUGGGUGGCUCAAAGGUGAUGUGUUGAAAAUGGAUUAUAAAUGUACUUAACAUUAAGAAUGUAAGACACCUCAUUGACAUGACAGAUAUCUGCAUCACAAAAAUCUUGUUUUUUUUUCCUCAAUAGAAGGCUGAACUCCUCUGGCUUUUCUGUUGCUUUUUCCCCAUGCAUGAAGUUUGUCACUUUUCACUUUAUGGUGUGUAUGGAAGGCAGCAGGGCCUACAUGUGCUUUUCCCAGACGUGUGAAUUUUCAUCAUUAACCUUGUUAAAAGCAGUACUCAAAGAAUUAUUUGAUUUGUUAAUAGACCGAAAACUAAUCUUUGAUAAUUUUUAAAAAUUGAUUAAUCCUUUGAGUUAUCUUUUAGUAGAGGUUGUUGCUGUCUGCAGAUGCAUUUUACAACUUUAUGACAAUAGUACAUACCCCGGAGGUCAGGACAUGAUGUAUAGGAUUACAAACACUAUUCCCCCAUACCGCACUAAUCUAUUGUACCGUGCUUACUUCCAAAUUGUCUUACAAUGUGCGAUUUUUGUGUUGUGAAGUGCUGGCUAGUUUUCAUCUGCUGAAGUGUUUGAUUGAACCUUCCAAGUCUCUUUGAUAUCUCAGUCAGAAGAAGGUAUAGCUUCUUUUCAGAGCUCACAAGCCAGAAAGGAUAAGAAUUACUGCUUAAUAGCCAUUCUGGUGGACAGGCCAUGAAGGUGGACAGAAGAGUUAGGUGAUGUUUCUUUUCUCUUUGCCAAAUUGUUGGUGUCCAUUUGUGAAAAUGAGCAUUUCUUUCCUCAGUCACUAAUUUCUCUUUUUUACUUACACAGUUAGCUCUGCUUUACUUCGAGGUUUCACAAUGCACAAGUUGUUUUAUUUAAGUUGGACUAGCAGACUGGUGAAUUUGUCUCAUUGGGAUAAUUACAAAUCAGGUGCGCUGAACUAAACUUUGAAAACAUUCCUGUGAUUGUUUGAGCUUUCAAGCAGUCAAUAUGUAGCAAAACUCCAUCUGUCAGGUCCCCAAGUGGUAACACUAUCACAAUAAACGUGCAUACUGUUUGUCCAAAUGAAUGUUUGGGUGGGCCUUGCCUUGCAUGUUGCUCUGUCUUCACUCAGUCCUUUCCAUACAUAACAUCUGAACGUCAGGAAUCUGCACAUCUUUAAAUGAUUUCAUCUCUGUUGGCAAGAAAACAGCCUCUCACUGCUCUUCAUGGUAAAGUUCUUGAUAUUCUCACUCAUGUGAGUGAUUCAAAACUUCUGCCACAGAACCAUGGCCCCACAGUCAGACGAGCCAUGUGUCUUUUUCACAGUUCAGCUUGAAGAACAUUUACUCCAUUUUAAAUCAGUAACCAACCAAUCAGAGUAGAUUUUGUCAACUUCAGUCAACGUUUUAAUGUCUUUAAAUGUUAUUUUUUUAAAAACCGGGUCAGAAACAUUCAGUACAAGUACGGUACGGAGUACAAUUGGGUUGAACACCAGUGAAUUUCCUCACUCAAUGUUUUUGAAAACUAAAGAUUUGAAGACUUGAAUGUGGCAAUGAGUUGUAAAAAAUUUAUAACAUUUCAGCAUUUCAGCAAAUCUGGCUGCUUCAGUCAUCUCCAUUAUGUAAGAAUAACCAGAAAUAAGCUUCAGUGAAGUCAUUAGUACAAACUUUCUUGUGAGCACUGUGAUUGUGCCAGAAUGUAUAUAAAUGAUGAGUAUUUUUUUUUAUGAUUUCAAAGUGAUGAAUGGGGCCUGCUUGUCAACAUCCUUUGAAACUGAAAUUUACAGGAAGUCACUUAACUGAUGUUCACACUUUCUGUACUGUUAGGUUUCUUAACAUUUUUUAUACACACUGAUUAAAAUGACUUUCCUCUGUAAAAGUGUUUUUCAGUUUGAUAAAGGUUCUGCUUGUCCUUUCAGAAAAGCUGCUUUUGUUGUCAAAAGGUCACCUUCUUUAAUUUGGGAUAAUCUGAAUACAAAGACAAUAAAGGUCAUAUCGCACACCUACCACAA